AUGCGCAAUUCGGUCACCGAGCUGGUGAGUUAUAGAAAGUUUGAAAAAAGUGCCAUUUUUAAGCUUAAAACCAAAACUUUUGCUAAUUUUUUUAUCAUUUAAUGUACUGGAGUUGUUUUUAGGCACAACAUGAAGAAGCGCAUAUGCCAGCUACAGAAAAGGCGGCUACUGAAGUCUUUGAAGACAUCAACGCUGCCUACUUCAAAGAACAUGGAUUUGAUGCCGUUGGAUUUGAACUUGAAGUAGGUUAUUAGCCGUAGGAAAGCUUAAAAGUUAUUUAUAAAAGCAAUAAAAUUUGUAAAAGAGUCAAUAGAUAUAAAAUAUGUUAUUGUGCAGAAACUCAUGGGAGAAGAAGUAGAGAUAAAUGAACUGGAAAGAGAAAGAUUCAAGUUGAAAAAGCAGCUAAAAGUUGUGUCCAACAAGAUCUCGGGACUGAUUGCGAAGAACUCUAAUGCCUUUUGUGAACAAGUACAACAAUAUGAAGAUGUUCGAGGUGAUGUUGGGGAAAUGAUUGAAGUAAUCAGCACGAUUAGAGAGUAAAACAGACUUUUUGUUCUUUAACUUUAUGUUUUAAAAUUUACAAAGUUGUACAAAGUAAAUAUGCAAAAAUGCUCUCUACUUACAUAUUUACCUUAUCAACUGUUCUUUUUAGGAUAUUGCAGAAAGAAGGGCUGUCAUCACAGAAUUCCUUGGCAAUAUUAGCCAACGAUCGUCGACAACGAUGGCUACAGAAGUUGAAGAGCAAUAUCCUGUCAUUCAACACUCUAAUAGAGUCAAAUAUCAGAGUUAAGGAUUUAAUAAAUGUAAGAGUUUAGUUUUACUUUUGAUAUUUUAAAUUUAGAAAGGUGACUUUCCAUCGGCCAUAAGGUUAUGUGUUGAAGCAAAGAACGCUGCUGAUGAAUAUCGACAAUACCACGCAAUACGGUUCGUUCAACUAUAAAAUAACUUUUUGUUUAUAUUUUUGGUAGUCAUUGAUUUUAAAACUGUUUGUAUUGUAUAAAGUUGACAUCUUAAAAUGUUAUAGUAAGUACUAUAUAUUAAUACUAAUUAUAUUAAAAAUAAAUAUCUUUGUUUAGAGAUUUGUCAAACACGUUAUCAACAAGGUUAGGAACGAUGGAGUCCCACAUUGAUGACGCUCUAGCAUCAAUGACAACUUCUUUUGAUGUCGACAAGUACAGAUUUAUAUAUUCUGCAUACAAGAUGGUCAACAAAGUGUCCGGAGCUGCUCAAAAGUUGAUAUCCUUCUUCCACGCUACAAUUCAGACGUCUGCCAGAAGUGUUUUAGUUGAAUUUCUGAAUAGAACUACGGACCUGGAGGGAUUGGAUGAGAUGCCAUACGAUGAGUUAUCUACUUCAAUACCCUACGAGUUUGCAGUGGAAUGUUCUCAAGAAUUAGGCGUAGUCUUGUGUAAAAUACUAUUUAUUUAUCAUCAUAUAUUACGGUAUCACAUAGAGGAGGACAAGAAGCAGUUCAAUGCUUUAAGUGUGGUGGAAGUUGGACUAGAUGGACCGCCUAUAGGUAUAGAUUGUUACUACCAGGGCCGGAUGGGGACUUUUCUUUGGGGGCAGGGGUCCAAAAAAAUCGGCACAGCUACCUGUGCCGAUUUUUUGCUAAUUUUUUUUCCCACAGGGGGACCACGUUCAACUUUUUUCAAAAAAUUUUGUUCUGGGGGGGUACCCCCCCCGUCCCCCCCCACCCCCCCCGCGCCCGGCCCUGGUUACUACCUUUUUUAUUUGUUCUUUAAUUUUCUUUUUUCUUAACUUUAUCUUCAAGUUUAAAAUUGUACUUUUAGUUGAAAAAGACGUGUUCCAAACCGUGAUGAUAGAUGGACUACACUCAAUCUUCGAAACUGCUGCUGAUAAAUAUAAUCAACUACUGAUGUGUCAAGACUUCUCUCAUCUUAAAGUAGACAACUUCUUGAGUGUACUAGAGAUGACAAACCGGUUCAAAAGAUUUGGCCAAACUUACUUCCAAAAUCCUUACUCAAACUUGACGGUUACUGUAGAUAAGUUGAUGUCGCAGUAUUUUGAACGAUAUCACCGGAACAGAAUGGACGAAUUACGAAUGUUUUUGGAGAACGAGGCUUUUGCUUUGUGUCCUAUACCUAUUCAGUUUACUUUCUUCGACCUUCCCGUGAGUUGUUGAUGAAAAUAUAGGAUUUGUAAUGCAAUUUUAUCAUGGGUUUGUUAUAGUCAGUGUAGCCAAAUAUGAUUUUUUUUGCGCUAUGUAUUAUCGUAUUUUAGGAAUUUCAAUUUUUAAAAGAAUCCACGGACGCUUUCGACGAGGAUUCCAAUGCGAAUCUCAGAAGAUACCAUAGGGAAGCUUCAGAAUUAAGUGAAUCUUUAAUCUUGCUCAACUCCGAUCCUCAGAAUCCAUUUCUGCCAGUUACAAAAGAAGAAAACGGUGAAGUCAGAAUAGAAGCUCAAACUAAACGCAGUUCGAUGUCACGGACUUCAUCCCAAGAUUCGUGGUAAGUCAUUAGUUUGAUUCCACAAACUUUCUGACCAAGUUUAUACCUAGGAAUUGCAUCGCUAACUUUCGUAAAUGGUUUUUACUUUAAGUUUUGAAUUUUAAAUUUAUUUUUAGUUACAUGCAAGACCAAGCAGGGAUGGAGAACUCUUUACCCAAUGUUUGUAACAGCGCUUUAAAUCUGUUAAAAAUCUUCGGUCGUUGUAUCCAAAUGACGUCCUUGUUACACUCGAUCUCAGAACAAGUAAUCAGAAGCAUUAUCCAGUUGUACGAGUACAUCUUCUACAUGGUCUUCGAAUUCUUUGCCAAAGAUGGCAACAAUCAAGUGUUGGAAUCCAAGUAUUGUACGCCGAGGAUACAGAAUACCAUGAAGGAUAUAGAGACAAGACUGAUUAAUACCCAAGAUGAGGUACAGAACGGCAAAUACCCGAAAUGUGAACCAUCUCCAAGUAUCCUGGUCAAUGAUAGAGAGAUAUUGUUUGGACUGGCAGAACGUGUAGUAGCCGUGGAGAGUGUGACUUUCUUGGCAAAACAGUUGGAGUUGUUAAGGCCGGUCUUGGACUCGUUGUCAUCUCCAAACAAGAAGAACACUUCGCUACAGACUUUUUAUAAAACUGUAAGUUAAGAAGACCUUUUUGUAAUAAAUCCUUAUUUCUAGAGCUCUAUAGCCACAUUUACUGUAGUAUAUACGUAACUUUAUUUAUAUAAUGUUUACACAUAUCUUUUCAGAGCCUAGCAGCCACGUUUGACCUACGAGAUGCUGUUUAUGGUUGUGUGGUUUCAAAGCUCUUCAACCAAGAACAAAUAGUGAAGAGCAUCAAACAAGUGAAAUGGGACAUAUCGGAUAUUGUUGACUAUCAUAGUGACUAUGUUGUCCACAUUUCAAAGGUAAGGCGAUGCUGACAAUGAGAAACCAAUUUAUUUCGUAGGAAUUGCAUUGGAUCAAAAGUAAGAUGGACUCAUAUGGAGAACUGGUCCACUUAUCACACGAAAUAAAGAGUGUAAUAUGGACACAUGUGGCCAAGGUCGUUUUCACAACAUUAGUGCAAGGGUGCGUUGAGUAUCUUAUGUUAUUUUAUGGUUGGUUUUGACGAAAUUUUGUGUAAAGCAAUGUGAAAAUGAAGCAUUAAGUUGUUCAAAUAAUUCUGUGUUCAAUCUCAAGAAAAUUUUUGAGGUUAAAGGGCACAGAAUUAUUUUAACAACCUAACUAAACAUAAAUUAUGCUUUUAAAACUUUAGUUGAUAUACUAAAACACUGGUAUUUCACUUUUAAAAGUUUUAAAUACACGUCACUUUAGAAAUGCCAAAGUCACUAAAAGUACAUUUUCAGAUAUUCUGAAGUCAGUAAAAAGUGCACUAACGAAGGCCGGGCCUUAAUGUUGUUAGAUACGGAACAUUUAAACAAAGAAAUAGAAACUUUGAGCAGCCUAAAACCGGUUCCGUUCAAGAAUCAUGUAGAAGAUUAUGUCAAAGCAUAUUACCUUCAAGAAAGCUAUUUACCUGAUUGGAUCUCACGUCAUUCCGGAGUAAGUUUUAAAAUGCCUACUUAAAUUUUUGGAAAUAAUCAAAAUAUGCUCAUAGUUUCAAAAACUUUAAGAAAAAUGCACUUUUAAGUAUACCAGUUUGGUUGCCAAAACUUUCUUAUAUGAUUAUAUUUCUUCAUUAACAAUGAUGACAUUUUUAAACAACAUGUGCCUAUCUAAAUGUUUUUGUGUAAUAGCUAAACAUGAAGGUUUUUUUGUUAAAUAUCACCAUUUUCAGGAGUAUACCACCCCUCAAAUCAACGCUAUAUUAAGUCACGUUUCAAGAGCCGGCAAAUCUCGCAUAAUGAAUAUCAUUGAAGGCAAAAUCUUAGAAAACAAAGACUGA